AUGAAAAUUGUAACAAAGGCUGAAGGAACAUUGAAAGCAUGGCCUAAUUUCAACUCUGAAAAUGAUUGUGAGAAGUUGAGGAAAGCAAUGAAAGGAUUGGGAACAGAUGAGAAAUCCAUAAUUGACGUGUUGGGCUACAGAACAAACAUUCAAAGAAUGCAUAUUGUCAAACAGUUCAAAGCAAUGUUUGGAAAGGAUCUGGCGAAGGAGCUAACGAGCGAACUUAGUGGUAAAUUUUUGACGUGUUGCGAAGCACUCUGCUUGCCUCCUGACGUGUUUGAUGCCAGUCAAAUCAAGAAAGCGGUCAAGGGUCUUGGUACAGAUGAAGAUGUCUUGAUUGAAAUUCUCUGCACAAGAACCAACAAACAAAUUGAAGCAAUGAAGAUUGCGUACAAACAAUUAUUCAAAUCCGAGCUGGAGAAAGACAUUCGCGGUGACACCUCAGGUCAUUUCCGCAAGCUGCUCAUCUCGCAGCUGCAGGCCAACAGGGACGAAAAUUUAACUUACGACCUCACCAGCGUGCAAGAUGACGUCACUGAGUUGCUGAGGGCGGGACAGGACAAGUGGGGUACUGAUGAAUCCGUUUUCAAUAAGAUCAUGUGCCAGAGAAGUCAGGCACACUUGAGAGCUCUGUUCAGGGAAUACUCCAAAAAAUCAAAUAAAAACAAAACCGUUCAAGAUGCCAUUAGUAGUGAAUUUUCUGGAGACGUCAAAAAUGCCCUUUUAGCAAUUGUGAACGUGAUAGAAAAUAAGGUGGGGUACUUCGCUGAUCUGCUUCACAAAUCGAUGAAAGGACUAGGAACAAAUGAUGACCAGCUGAUAAGAGUCGUCGUUUCAAGGUGUGAGUGUGACAUGGUGCAAAUAAAAAAAGAAUUUGAGAGAAAAUUCAAUCAGCCACUACAGCAAUGGCUGAAAGACGAUACGAGUGGAGAUUACAGAAAGAUUUUGCUGGCUUUGAUUGGAGAGCCUAUUAAGUAA